AUGGAUGGGUCUGCUGCUGAUGAUUUGAAAUCGCUAAAACUUUUGGUCAAGGAGCUAUCCACAAAAUUAUCAGAAUACCGAGAAGAUGAGAAUGUUCUUGACGAUUUGAUGAAGACCAUGGCCAUCGAUGCUGGGAUUGAUUAUGAGGAUUUCAAACGAAGGCAAAAAUCCAAAAGCAAAGACUAUUUCAAACCAGAAUCUCUACCCCAUAUCAUCUUGCAAAAAAACUCAAAAACGUCGCAAAAACCUUCGCGUACCACAUCAUUAUCCCGUCAUGAUAAUAAUAGCAGCAGUAGCAGUAGCAGUAAUGGACAACUGUCGCCGCUGGAGUUCUCUGCCAGUGACGAGGAUUUAUGCCUUGAUGAUCUAGACAGAGAAAUCGCCAGGUAUCAGAAUGAAAAUAUCAAAAUUGAACAACAGAUCCAGCGAAAUGAGUACUUGGUGACAAAAUACCUCCCGUUAUUGGACCGCGAAGAGGAAAUCUUAAAAGGCCUCCAUGAUUUCCUAAAGGAAAAAGAGUUUGCCCGGGCCAAUGGGGAAAAAAUCUUGAAUAAGCGACUCACUAAUGAGGUACAAACUAUCGAUUCCCGAAUCGAUGAUUUGAAAAAACGAAACAACCAACAAGAUAAAAUGAUCCAGCAGUUGUCGAAGAUGUGGGAGAUCAUGAACCAAGUGAUUUCCAAAGAUAUGGGUAAUGGAGCAAAAGUCAAGCAGAAUUACGAAAUGGUAAGUGAGGACGUAUCCAAAUUGAUUGCCAAUUUUAGAACCGGUAUGAGUUUCCAGGAAAACACAACACAGAAAAAAAUGGAAACCAGAGCCAGUGGUGGGGAGCAACUCAAUGUGAAUAAAGAAGUCACUUCAGAAAAGCCAAUUGAAACGUAG